AUGCCCCAACAAUUCCCCCAGUCCAAGGCCCCAUCACAGCCUGGACAGCAGCAACAUUCCUUUGGCUCCAUCCCAAUGCAGCCAGGUGUUCCCGGUGGAGCUAUGAUGCCUUCAAACUUCCCCCAACAAUCUUCCGCACCGAUGGAGAAUUUCUCUGCGCCAUUUAGCCAACCUCCCCUCCCCGCAAACAUGGCUCAUUUUUCCCAAGCCAACCCCGCGCCAAACACCCCCUCCACCGUUGCGCAAACCUUCUCCCAGAACAUGGCCUCCGUGACCGCGAAUAAUCUAAUGGCUAACCAGCCACGUCCUCAUAUGAAUUCACCCCGGUCCGCUCAGCCAGGAACCCCCAACAUGGGUCAGGUCCAAGGCCAGAUUCAGGCUCAGCAGGCUCAACAAUCCCAGACUCAAAUGCAAGGGCCAUCCCCGGCUCAACUACAAGCCCAAGCGCAAGUGGUAGCACGAGAGAAGGUUCGCAUGACGACACUCCUUGACAUCAACUCGACCUUAUUAGAGGAGAUCGUCACUCUACAGACGUCGGGCAAGGCAGGCUCAGUGUCUAAUCCAGAUGGCACGGUUGCCCCUCAAAAGCCAAGCCAAGAGUAUAUUGAUUGUAUGCGACGACUGCAGGCCAACCUGUCGUAUCUCGCAUCUAUCACGGACAAACAAAAAAGACUUCUAGCGCCGGCCUUGAUGACCCCACCUCCGAGUAUGCCCAUCCUGAACGACUUAUAUCAAAAAUUAAACGAGCUCUUCCCUCGAUCUGGUCAGGCUCCCACACCUCAGCGGUUCAGUCCCGCACUGGUGCAGGGAAACGGCGGGCCUAGUCCGUCCCCCAUGCCGGAAUCAGUUGUCUGA